CGGGUAAUUUCGUCUACCCAUAUAUCUAUUAUAUAUAUAUUUAAAUGUUAGAAGAAGUCACCACGUUCGCUGAGAGGGUCUAGAAAUUACUACAUUAAUAUAAAAAAGAGAAAAAUUUGCACCAUCGGAUUUCACGAAGAUCUAACGGUUUAAAAUAGAGUAAUGUGUACUGUUGGAUUUUAUGUUGAUCUAAUGGUCUAUCUAAAUCCAAAAAGAAUCGUUAUCCAAUACAAUUAAUAAUAAAUUAAAAAGAAGUUUCCCUAUUCUCCAGUAUAUACAAUUAAACCAAUCCAAGAGUCCAACACAUGUAAAAAAGUGCCGAAACUUGAUUUGCCAUCCAUAAGAUCCGUAACUAGGAAAUAAAUAAAAGGAAGAAUAAGCCCAUCCAAAAACAAAUCAUGAAACGACACGUUGAUAUAAAACCAGAAGAAAAUUUUGUGCUCACCCAUCUUCACGCAAAUGACCAUCUAGCUAGAUGCAUUCUGAAGCUGCUGCUGCCCCUAACAUAUCAUCGACAUGAAAGAGUGCAAGCAGUAAACCGGUGGUAGAGCCGCAGAAUACAGUCAGCUUCCAUGGCGGGACUGUUAAAAGAAACCACCACAUUCACUGAGAGCGUCUAGAAACUAUCAUGUUAAUCUAAAAGAAGAAAAUGAUUUAUACGAUUGGAUUUCUUUUGAAGAUCUUAAGGUCUAAACUAGCCAAAAAACAUCUGCAAUGGUCGAGACCGUUAGACCGACGCCUCGGCCACCGCUGCGAAAAUGCAACUAACUGCUAGCUUGCUUGGGCGAUGACUGACGACAUCUUCGUCGGAGGACCAUAGAGGUGAGGACAAGAACAUUGGCCACAUCCUUCUUGCGCUCGGUGGUGAAAAGCUACGUGUUAGGCAGUGCAUAAUGCGAGACAGAUCAGUUCUUGGUCCAGUCUGAAAGAAGCUGUAACUGCUUUGUUAGGCGAGGAGCUGACCACAGCAUAGAAGAAGCCAGUAAGGUUGAGGUCGAAUCCGUCGGCAUCUUUAACCCAAGGAACUAACAGGCCAUUCCAUGAAGAUGAAUAAUCGCAUGGAAUAGAUCUAGAGGCAUCAACACAACUUGCUUCUUGCAGUUUGGGCAGGCUUAACAAAAGAAGGGAGGAGGGUGCUGCGCUAGAGAAGGGAAGAAUUAGCAGGCCUGGUAACAUGAGAAGGAAGGACACAAGAGUUGCUUGACAAUACAAAACGGGCAAGGUGCGGCUGAGAAUCACAAUGAAGCUAUGCAGCUGUGGAUCGGUAUGAAAAAUGUAGGAGCUCAUCGAGGAUAGCAUCUGUUCUUCAAAGUCAUGGCUAAUAUGUUUGCGAUGAGCUAUUGAUAUGCAUUUAAAAAACUUCAUCAAGAAAAUUAAAAAUUAGACAACACUUAAUUGCUGCAAAGCAUAAUUUGGUGAUAAGGGAAGCAUAACCGGUAGACAUUAGAUGUGUCUGGCCGCAACCUCAUCAGGCAGUGAUAAGAAAAGUAUGAAGAUGUGAAUCGACUGCUCUAUGCAUUUUUUUAAAAACAACAUUAUAAUACAUAUUAUAGAAGUAACACUAUCAUAGGGCCUUUCAAAGAGGAGCCAAUUACAAACCGAGUCCAAAUGGCCAGACACACGGGAACAUCUCCACGCAUCGCAUAAGCAAGAAUCUAGAGAAAUCUACGGGCAAAGUGCAAAACACCAUUGUCACCUCCGUAAAGCUCACCGGCACCAGUGUCCAAAGGGAUCCAGUAAUAAUGUUUCGAGCUAUGGUUGAGAAGCCUCGCCAGGAGGCGUUGGUGAGGACCAAUAUCAGUGACCCAUGGACGUAGAUGAAAGCGGCGCCAAUGAGUAAAAAAGUUAAGCCCUCAAAUUUGGGAGAAGGCAUGCAACACAACAAACGACAUAGACCCAUAGGGACCCAGAGAGAAAGAAGCUCACAGCUACUUCUGGCGUGGGAAGAGGGAGGAAAUCAGAGCCACAACAAAAAUCAGCAGGUAAGGACGCACAGAUUCACUCCUAUGAAGAACAUAACCAAAUCCACAGCACAAGCAAGCAGAUCUACCAUGAUUCUAACCAAAACAAAAGAUAAAAUAAGAAGAUCCAGGUACAAACCUAGAAGCCAGAGAAAGGAGGGUAAAAAUAGAAAGGAGGAGGAAGAGGAAGAGCUGAGCCAUGAGGCGGUGGAAAUGGACGAAGGGGGAUGAGAUUUGGUCAAGCGGAGCAAAAGGAAGAAGAAGAGGGAGGGAAGGAACCUUUAUUUAAGCUCUCCUGUAGACACCACAACAAGCCACAACAGCAGGGGAGCGGUGUCACAGCCACCGAGCGUCCAUAGUGGCACAACAAACCACAGAUAAUAUACAAUGAUAUACACUAGCAGAAGGAGGCCGGAAUCGAUGGGAUUUCGGUGAGGUAUUGUAGAAGGGGAUUGGCGAGGAUAAGGAUUGGGGAAGCUUUGCACACGAGGGUUGCAAGCUUGCACUAUGCUAUUUAGGCGAACAUUGGGUAACGCAUUGCCUAAAAAUUUUGAGAUCUUACAAUAUCUAUGUUUUUUUACACAAAUGCUUAUGAACACUUCGAUCAAUAUGAACCAAUCAAAUCUAUGAGAAAAUAUUUAGGAUGAUUAGAUCUUACAAUAAAUCUAUUGAUUGUGCGAAUUUGGACCAUAAAAUAUUUGACAAAUAUAGAGCAUGCGGACGAGACCUUCCUUGAGUACAACAAAUAAAUAUAAAUAAGUUUUAAAUAUUAAAAGGGUUUAGGAAUUACUACUUUAGUUGGAAAAAAAUAAAAGAACAUAUAGCACUAAAUUUUAUGAUUAAUGGUCUUGAUUAACAUGUGAUGUUAAGCUUUGAUUUCCCUUGAUGUUAUAACUUCAAUGGUCUCGAAACAACGAACAAAAUCAUUUGAAUAAAUUCAUUUUUAAAUUAAAAAUACAAACACCAAAUGGCAUAGUAUAAAAAGGCUAGAUACCCGUGCUAUUUGCGCGGGCCAUCUCGCUAGUUUUACGAAAAUAAGUGUUUUUCACGUAUUUUCAUCUACUGGUUCGAUGAAAUUAGAUUUCGUCCAACGAUUGGACGAAAAUACUAUAUUUCGUGGUCUCAUUAGACGAAAAUAGCGGACAAAAUUUAGAUUUCACCUACACAGUAGAUGAUUAGGAAUUUUAGGGCUUAGCAGAAGCCACAGCGACCGGCACGCGGCGGAUGCGUCACCGCACCACGCCGCGGCGCCUCUCGGCACCUCCCGUGUCGUCUCCGGGUGGCCGCACUGCAAAUUUGCAGCGGCUUCCGUGCGCGCCCAAGUCGGAGCAGGAGGAGCCUCUCGGUGCCCAUGCCGUGCCGGAUCCAUCUGUUCUCGGCACUUCUCGGCUUCUCGCCGGUCGCCGCUUUUCUUUUCUUUUGUUUGGGCUAGAAUCCGAUUCCGCCGGCCUAUCGCCACGGUCUCCGCUUCCCUCACCUUUGUCGAAGAAACCCGCCGCUUUGGCACGCGGCGUAACCAACACGACGGUCUGCCUGCGCGUCACGGAUUCUUCUCCCACCACUUGUACAGAAAAACAACAAAGCGAUAGAGGGAAGCCGUUGCGUUGCAAAGCGGAGGGUCCGCACGAACGAGCCCUCCCUUUAGCAAAGCGGAGGGGGCGCAGCGAAGCAGAGCCGCCGCUGGCCGGCGACCGAACGGGAUACAUCUAGAUGUCACCCUCAAGAGAGGAGUCGUCCGUGCUAACAUCAGAUCAUCCCCUCUCGCUCGUAAUCUGACUUCGAUUCCUUCAGCAAUCGCGGACGGCAUCCGAAACUAGCCGCCACCACAAAGCAGGUCUCGCUCGAAGCUUCUCCAGAUGGGGUAGAUAUCCGGGCAAAUUAUCUGGAGGGCGGCAGAACCGGCCACCUAAGAAGAGUAAAAGUUUUGUUUCAGUUGCUCCAGACACUUCCGCUUCCCUUUCCUGCUCCCAGUUUCAAGACGUAAAUUUGGCGAGGCUGCUAGGGGAACGUUAGAGCCUCUCCUCUCUUCUUCAUCCGCAUCUGACUUCCCCUUCGGUUCUUCCAAAGAAUACAUCAGAUUUGUUCCAGUCGCUUGCCUCGUUUCUAACAGAAACUACACCAAUCUAUCGAGGCUAGACUCAAGAGCGCCAGUGAGUGAUCAUGGAGCAGGCUAUGGUGAGCGUAGCCACGGGGGCCCUGAAACUCGUCCUGGGGAAGCUAGCAACUCUGCUCAUUGAGGAGUUCAAGCUGGUCGUGGGGGUGCGUGGCAAAAUCAGGUUCCUUCAGGCCGAGCUAGAGGCAAUGCACGCCUUCCUCUUGAAGAUGUCUUGGGUGGAGGAACCUGACGAGCAAGCCAAGAGCUGGAUGAAGCAGGUGCGGGAGCUGUCCUAUGACAUCCAUGACAGCAUCGAUGACUUCAUGCUUCGCGUGGGUGAUGGCGAAUCUACCAAGCCCAAAGGUGUCAAGGGCUUCAUAAAGAGGUCCAUGAACCUACUGACAGAGACCAAGACUCGCCGUCGGAUAGGCAAAGAGGUCAAGAGUCUCGAGACCCUAGUCAAGGAGGUGGCGGACCGGCGUGCAAGGUACAGAAUUGACGACAGCAUCUGCAAAGCCACCAAUGCAACAGUUGAUCCUCGAGUCAGCUGUCAGUACAAGGAUCCAUCUGAGCUCGAAGGCAUUGAAGGACCAACCGAGAAGAUCAUCAAGAUGUUGAAUGGGGGAGAGGAAGAUGCACCAGUGCCGCAACUGAAGUUGGUCUCGAUCGUUGGAUUUGGAGGAUUGGGCAAGACAACUCUUGCCCGUCGUGUUUACGACACAUUUGGAAAACACUUCGACUAUCGGGCUUUUGUAUCAGUCUCUCGGCAUCCUAACAUGGUGAUGAUUCUCAAGGAUAUUCUCAGCCAAGUGGGUUAUGAUGGACACUUAUCAGAGAUUGAAGAAUCUCUAAUUGGCACCAUUUCCAUGUACCUGGAAAAUAAAAGGUACUUCAUCGUAGUAGAUGAUGUAUGGGACGUUCAAUCGUGGGACACCAUUAAUCGUGGUUUUUCGAAAAAUAGUCACGGUAGCAAAAUAAUCACAACAACUCGUGUAAGUAAAGUGGCCGAAUCAUGUUGCAUCCCAUAUGGUGGUUGUGUUCAUAACUUAAUGCCUCUUAGCACAGUGGACUCUGAAAGGUUGUUUCUUAGGAGAAUAUUUGGUAACGGACAGCAAUGCCCACGGCAUCUCAAAAGAGUUUCUGAUAAGAUACUGGAAAAAUGUGGUGGUUUACCCUUGGCAAUUCUUGCUAUAUCUGGUUUGUUAGCAACCAACCGACAGGAAGACCAAUGGGAACAAGUGCAAAAUUCUAUUGGCCAGGGACUUGGAAGCAAUCCUGCUGCUGAAGGAAUGAUGAGGAUACUGUCAUUUAGUUACUUUAAUUUGAAUCCUUGUCUAAGAUCUUGCCUACUAUAUUUGAGUAUAUAUCCAGAAGAUGACAUGAUUUACAAGGAGGAUUUGAUUAUGAGAUGGAUUGUGGAGGGAUUCAUUCCUGAAGAACAUGGAGUACAAACCAUAUAUGAAAUAGGAGAGAGGUGUUACAAUGAGCUCGUGAAUCGGAGCCUAAUCCAACCAGCUGAGGGUAUUCACUUUGUUGAUAGGAAGGACCGCUGUCGAGUCCAUGACACAAUUCUUGAUUUUGUCAUAUCCAAGUCCAAGGAAGAUAACUUUGUUACUUUGCUUGGUGUACCCGGUGUACAUCCUGAUCCACAAAACAAGGCCCGUCGAUUGUCUCUACAGAGUGGCUGUGAAAUUCCUACAGAUCUGCUUUUAUCUAAUGCUCGGUCACUUGUUGCUUUUGGGGUUGCUGUCAAACUUCCAUCUCUGAAGGAGUUUAAGAACUUGCGUGCAUUGAGCUUUGAAGGCUGUCGGCAAUUAGAAGAUCACCUUGUUGUUGGUAUAGGAAAUUUGUGUCACCUGAAGCACCUGAGGUUUCACAAAACAGGAAUUAGGAAAUUCCCAGAAGAAAUAGUAAAGCUACAGUUCUUAGAGACACUUGAAAUAUCUCUAUUCUACUCAGGUCUUAAUAAGAUCCCGUCAACCUUUUGUCAGCUUCGACGAUUGGUCCAUCUAGCUGUUGAUAGUGAUUUUAUAUUGCCGGAUGAUAUUGGAGGCAUGCAAGCACUUCAAGUGUUGGAGGGCAUUGAUGUCUUCCGUCACUCAACUAAAUUUUGUCAGCAACUUGGUCAACUAACAAACCUGAGGAAGCUGCAGCUAGAAUUGUGGUCGUUCAGCGCUGGUGAAAACUUUCAAGAGCAGAUAAAAGAACUGGUCUCUUCCAUCCGCAAGUUAGGCAAUGCAAAACUCUAUUCUCUUCAGACCGAUGGAGGUUACGAUUAUGAAGAUGAGGAGCCGAUGGAAGAGUUUGCAUUCCACUUAGAUGAAUCAUGGUUCUAUGCUCUAUGUGGCCUUCGGGAACUUGUCAUGAAGGCUCCUAUACCCUUGAGGGUUCCAAGAUCGAUGAACUCACUUUCCAACGUCCACAAAUUAUGGCUCCAUUUGUUUGAAAUCCAGCAGGCAGAUAUUGACAUCCUGGGAAACUUACCCGCUCUCCAAGAACUCACCCUAUUUGCAGAGGACUAUGCGGCGGCUGGACCGAAAGGAAGACCUCUUAGGAUCAGCCCAAAUCAUGGAUUCUCUUUCUUGACUUAUUUCCUGAUUGCCACCGAAUCCGGUGACCUCGGGUUGAUAUUUGAAGCCGGAUCCAUGCCAAAGCUACAGAAACUGGUACUCAUCUUUAAGGAAUACGAUAGUUGGUCGCGGACUAAGGGUAAUUUCGAUUUUGGCAUUGGGCACCUUGCCUGCCUCACAAGCGUAGGCAUUGCAAGACCUGAUGAGAUCGAGCCAGAAUCAAAGGCUCCCUUUGAGAGGGCAAUCGAGGCACAUCCCAACCAUCCAUCCCUGGAGGAGUUGGAAUGGCAAUAGCCAGGUUUCAUCCUUUCAGGCCCGUGAAAGCUGCAGGUAUCAUUGUUUUCCCACGGAGGCAAAGCAGUUUUCUUCCUCCAGUUUAGAAAUGGGCGUAUCUAGCUACAUAUUAAGUCAUACAUAAGCUACAAUAUUUACCAGAUUUACCAUAGAGGCAUAGAUACUGUGGCUCCAGCAGAGACUUCCCUAGUGGGCAGAUUGAAAAUAUUAUGAGAUCUAGCAUGUAGCCUUCUAAUAUUUGAUCAUGUCUUUUCCUUAGAAAAAGUGUGAAAAUGGAUCAUGGUAGCAUAAACAACAAGAUGGGUGAACAAGGUUACAGGGUGGCCCAUUGCAACUCCACAAGAGCAAUGACGAAAAGGAUAAUCUUGUCAGACCUGACAUUUUCGAAAAUAUAGAUAUUGUUAUCGUGAAAUGUUACUAUGGACAUGUUUCAUUUUAUUUGUACUGUUGCUUCAUGGUUUAGUUGUGUACGCAUUUGAUUACAGUUGCACUCUUGAUUUGUACUAAUAAUUUUUUUGAAUAACCUCGAGUUUGCUUUUA